AUGAAUUUCGACAACCUAAAGGAACAGGUCUCCAACCUGACCUUGUAUGAUCUCAAGGCGGGAGUCCGGAAAGUCCAAAAUGCGGUGAUGAACUAUACCGAGAUGGAAGCGAAGGUGCGAGAGGCGACGAAUAAUGAGCCUUGGGGAGCGUCGUCAACACUGAUGCAGGAGAUCGCGAAUGGCACGUUCAACUAUCAAACCCUCAAUGAGAUCAUGCCCAUGAUCUAUCGACGGUUCACAGAAAAGGCUGCCGAAGAGUGGCGGCAAAUCUACAAAGCCCUCCAGCUUCUCGAAUUCCUCAUCAAACACGGUUCCGAGCGCGUUAUCGAUGAUGCACGAUCCCACCUGACACUACUAAAGAUGCUCCGCCAAUUCCAUUUUAUCGAUCAGAAUGGCAAAGACCAGGGCGUAAACGUCCGGAACCGAGCCAAGGAGCUUACCGAGCUGCUUAGCGACGUCGAGCGAAUCCGCGCCGAACGGAAGAAGGCCCGCGCCAACAAGGCCAAAUAUACGGGUGUCGAGGGCGGAGCAAGCCUUGGAGGUGGCUUUUCGGGUGGCAGUGGCGGCCGUUACGGUGGUUUUGGCAGCGAGUCUGCUGGUGCCGGUGGAAGCAGCGCAAACUACGGCGGAUACUCCGGUGGUGUUUACGGCGAUGGUGGCGGCUUUGGGGGCCAGACAAGCGACUUCCGGGAUACCAGUAGCCGCGCGGACAAAUUCGAGGAAUAUGACGAGUUUGAUGAGGGCGAGAAACCGGCUCCAGCACCUAAGAGCACUCGCUCGGAGCGGACGGAGAGAGUGGGCGUCAAGAGAACUACUGCCGAGCCAUCAAAGAAGAAAGAGCCAGAGGUUGAUUUGUUCUCUUUUGACGAUCCAGUCCCAUCUGCCUCAACUGCCGCACCUGCCGCGGCUCCUUCUAGCGGCUCAGGCUUGGCUGCUCUAUCGAGUAGCGCAGACGAUGACGAGUUCGAUGACUUCCAGUCCGCAACUCCUGCAGCACAGCCGGUUGCUCCGCAGGCAUCAUUUGCCAGCCCUAUCGCGCCGAUGAUUACAUCAAACGCAUCGGGUGCUCAGUUUGCUGCCCCCGCACCUGUAUCUGCACCGAAGCAGGCGAACUUGAGCGACAUGGUCGGCCUGUCAUCUAUUUCUCCUCCAGCAAGCUCCAACGCUACACCAGCGGCCAACUAUUCCGCUUUCAGCACGCCUCUCACAUCUAAUCUAUCAUCUCCUGCAGCCCAAGCUCAUAAGCCUGCUGGCUUUCAAACUUCGGCUCCGAACUACUUCCAGUCUGUUCCAGUACCACAGUCAUCAUCUGCCUCAUUGUCAGGCAUGGGCUCUCUCAAGCCAGCAGCCCCGGCCGGGGGCGCUGUUAAGCCCGCUUCCAGCGGCGGUGAUGCUUUUGGAGCCCUGUGGGCCAGUGCAAGCGGCGGCAUUAAGAAGACCAGCACACCAACUGCCGGACCAGCCCUCGGCCAGUUGGCCAAGGAAAAGAGCAGCGCCGGGAUCUGGGGAGCACCAGCCGCUGGCUCGGCCACAAAGCCUGGAAACGCACAAGGAGGCUUGACUGGCAGCAAUGGCUUAGAUGAUCUUCUUGGUUGA